AUGAUUGAUGAAGUUGAGGAAGUCAGGAUUCCCCCUUAUCAGUCCUUUGAAACUCUUUCUCUUGCCAAAGGUCAGCGUGAAGAUGGCCAUCUGAGUCAAGGUCACGUUAUGUACUUUGGGUCAGAUCUUGCUGAUUCAGUCCCCUUAGCAGCAUCGAAAAGGACUGAAAGAAUACCUCGUGAUUCUAAAUUAUUGAAGUUUCAUGGAUUUCUGUCGUCUAAUCCAUCCUGGGUUUCCACCGAUGCAUCGGAGUCUGGUGCAGUUAACCCAUCAAAAAUCACUGAACCUCUGCAAUCGGCUUCUGCUUUCUUUACUGAUGAAAUGACUCCAGAGUUUGCAUUUACUCAAUAUCAGCGACGGUCGGAAGACCAAGCUUGUCAGGUCUGUGGACAGCCGUCUGUUGGGUUUCACCACCGCGCCUAUAAGUUUUUCACUCGCCACCUGACUAAUAGGAUUAAGAAGGAAAAGUCGACCUUCGGGGAAGGCGAUUCUGCUAAGUCGUCCACUCAGGGAGGCGAAACUCACCCAGAUUUGAAUGUCGUCUGUCCAAUGGGUGGCAAUUGCAAAAUCGAGGGGCCCGGCCGGGGCAAGUGUCCACACUGUCGCUUUCGAAAAUGUCUCGAUCUCGGCAUGAGUCUCACGCCCCCGGGCGGAGAGAUCGGUUGUGACGUGUCCAAGAUUCCGUGUCGAGUAUGCGGUGGGCCGUCCUCUGGUUUCCACUUUGGUGCCCUGACCUGCGAAGGCUGCAAGGGUUUUUUCCGACGAACGGUUCAUUCGAACAGCAUCCCGCAGUGCCUGGGCAACCAGACUUGUCGCAUCACACCCUCUAACCGCAACAUGUGCAAAAGUUGUCGUUUCAAAAAGUGCCUCGAGGUGGGAAUGUCUCAGAAACGAAGUCGCGUCGGUCGACAGCCUAAUGCCAUAAAGUACUACUGCGUGCGAGAGAUCUCCCGGCGAGAGCAAAAUGGUGGACUUCCGUCCCCGGAUGAUUCAUCAGCAUCAAAGGGUCCAUCGACUCACACCAACCAUGUUGACGACUCCGUGCCACUCUCUCCGGGGCAGCGUCAGACCGCGCUUCUGCAAACAGCUGCUGGUGCUCCCAAGCGAUCUCUCAACACUUUUGAGACGGUUGAUGCGACGGUGGUACCUAUGCCCACCGCCAUUGCCUCAGUAGUGGGGGCGGUCCCAUUGACAGCCGACUUGGGUAACGCUACUGACAGCGAGGGAACCAGGAGUCGAGCGUCCACUCUCAGCGCUUCCUCUGGUGUCUCGUCUUCCAGCGCAGCCUUUCAGAACCCUCUGGAUGCUCAACAGACUUCGCCCAUCAUUUCAUCUAUCUCCUCUCUUAAGAGACCUAAGGUUGAGGAUACUCAAGAACACGAUGCUGGGACAGACAUGGUGGACAGCAGUUUCUGCCAACAACUUGCUUCUGUAACUGUUGCAAGUUCACUCGCUAACCAUUUCCUUUUGAAUCCCCAAUUCGCUAGCGGAAGUUGUUCUUCUCAGCUCCAUCACCCUCAACCCACUCCGACAGCGGAGUUUUUAAGUCAGUUGGCAAAGCACCAUCCCACAAUGGUGGCAGCAGCGGCAGCAAGUCUCCUUUGGGGCAGUCCGUCUAAUGGGCCUGUGUUCAAGUCCGAACACACCCAAACAGCAGUGCCCUCUCCACCCCAACUCUCGUGCUGCUCUUCCUCCUCCUCCUCAAGGUUCCAUCCCCACCAGUCACCUGCACCACCACCGACCCUUCCGACGGCUCUUCAACCUGUUGACAUGGUGGUGCACUCGUGUCUCGGGCCUCCAGAGACAAAGGCUAAGCAACACAAUAAAACGGAGAACCAGUCUUUCCAUGAUGAUGUUGUUCGAGAGGGUUCUGAGGCCGCCUCAUCUCUGGAGGAAAGCAUUCGAACGAACGUCUUUGUGACUCUUGCGGAAUUUACUCAGGGAAUCGAGCGAGCCACUGAUUUUCUGCGAUCUGAACGCAUGCGGUUAAAACGGAUCAGGACUGAUCCGCAGCCCAGAUUCACCAACUUGGACACCAUUGAACGUGUCUGGUCGCAGAUGAUGCGGCAGUUCGUUUCACACACUAGAAUGGUCGUCGAUUUCUCGAAGCUUAUCGCGGGCUUCAAUCGGCUGGGCAUCAACGACAGAAGGCAGUUGAUUCGCGCUGCCAUGUAUCCCAUUAUGCUGAUAGAACUAAGCAGAGACUUUCAGAACAACAGCAGUCUCUCCUACAACUACUUUGAUUUCCCGGAGCGUGAGAAAGAAAUCAUAAUUCAGCGCUUUCCUCCCCUCGCAAAAAUAAUCUCCCACCUCGUCCAGUCGGGGAAGGUUCUUCGACGCUUGAAGUUGGACGACAUAGAGAGCACCAUUAUAUGUAUACAGGAACUUUUAAGACACAAGAACGAGCUGGAAGAUCCGGCCUCCUGCGAACACCUCUUCCUCCUAUCCAUGCAGGCCCUGGUGAACCAUGAACAUCAAAAAUCCAAGUCAGAUGCAGCAAGCGAACGUUUGACAGCAUUUACGCAACUCUUGCCGAUAUUGAAUCAGUUGAACGUAGAACAUCACGAAGUGUUGAGUCAAGUCCGCCUGCAGUUCCCCCACCUCGUUUUUCCCGAGCUCUAUGUCGAGAUGUUCGCCAUCGGGGCCGAUAAGCCACCUCACUUCUUUCGGAACGAUUCCAACAGGAAUGACUUGUGA